AUGUCCUCAUCACCCACAAUCACCCUCUACGACAUCGCAUUUCGAGCUCCAUUCAACACAACAAACACAGCUCCAAACCCAUGGAAGUCCCGUCUCGCCCUAAACUUCAAGGCACUCCCUCAUAAAACAGAAUGGAUUCCCCUGCUUCAAAUCCCCGAAACACGUAAACGACUCGGCAUCGCGCCCGGUCGCAAGUUCGCCGACGGAUCAGACUUCUACACAUUACCUCUUCUCACGGACUCAAGCACAAACUCCAUAAUCGGCGACACGAUUGACAUCGCCAUCCACCUGCAGCGAACAUAUCCCGACACUGGUUCGGGGGAUCUAUUCCCAGCCCAAAAGCUGGAGUACACAUAUACACCUGAGUUCGAUUUUCCGGCGCCCUUGUCAGAGCACGCGGAGGGGGAAUAUGGGGAAUAUGUUCGGUUUAAUACCAAUGUUGACAAUGUGUUUAGCGCGCAUUGUGUGCUAAUGAUUGGUGGGUAUAUGUUUGAUCCUUCGGAUGAGGAGGAUGUGAAGGCGGAAUUUGUUAGGAGAGCUGGUGUGCCGUCUUGGGAUUCAUUUUUGGUUGAAGGGGAAGCUAGAGAGAAGACGAAAGCUUCGUUUCAUAAGGCAUUGGAGGGGUUAGCGGAUUUGUUGAAGAAGGAUCCUUCUGGUCUCUUUAUUUUGGGACAAAAGCCUAAUUACGCAGAUCUCAUUGUUGGUGGUUGGUUGCAGUUGACGAAAAUGACUCUGCCUGCGGAUGAGUGGAAGGAGUUCGCAGGUUGGUAUGAUGGAGUUUUUGGACAGUUAAGCGAUGCUCUUCAGCAGUUUACCCAUGUUUACUGA